AUGAGCAGCUUGUCACCUGCCAUCGCUUCUGCUGUCCAUCACCAAAAUGCGCCCUCGGCUCACACCGUCAAUGGGACUUACACCGGCCUCACUCUCAGCACUUUCAACCAAGAGGCCUUUUACGGCAUCCCUUUUGCAAUACCUCCACUUGGAGACCUGAGACUCCGUUAUCCCGUGCCGUACAACCAGUCAUGGACAGGCACUCGUAAUGCCACCGUACGCUCAGACUCGUGCCCCGGCUUUGACAAGCCCUUUGCCCAGGGCUUUGCCGACGGCUUAACCAUGAGCGAAGAUUGCUUGACGCUUGACAUUGUGAGACCUGCCAAUGUUCAACCUGGAGACAACCUCCCUGUCUUCUUCUGGAUUUACGGCGGUGGCUUCAAAGCCGGUGGAUCAGCCGACCCGCGUUACAACACGUCGUUCAUGGUGCGCAACUCGAUGCAAAUGAAGAAGCCAAUCAUCGCUGUAGUGCCCAACUACCGCACAUCUGCGUUUGGCUUGUUGGCUUCAAAGGAGGUUGCGGCAGCCGGCGUAGGCAACAUUGCCCUCUUUGACCAGCGGCUAGCGAUGAAAUGGGUGUCUGAGAAUAUCCGCGCGUUUGGCGGCGAUCCCAGCAAGGUCACAAUUGCGGGUGAGAGCGCGGGAGGCUCUUCGGCGGGAUACCAGUUGGUGGCAUUUGAAGGGAAGAAUGACGGCCUAUUCAGGAGUGCUAUAUUGGAGAGCUCGAGCUUGCUUGGUGCUUCGAUGAAUACUGUUGAGACGCUGAACGUAACUUACCAAGGCUGGUAUGAUAACAUCACGACAACGGUUGGCUGCAACACCGCCACAGAUUCUUUGGCCUGUCUCCGCACCGUUCCAUACCAGAAGCUCUUCAGCGCCGUAAAUGGCUUCCAGUUCAAGCCCUAUAUCGACGGCAAAUUUAUCUCUCAGCCUCCCUCCGUUUCAAUCGCAAAGGGCCAGAUUGCUGAUAUCGCUCUCAUCAUGGGGUCUAACACAGACGAGGGCACUGCCGAGUUCUUUACGCCUCGAGGAACUCUAAACAACGACAGUGACAUUUCAUCUCUCGUCGCCCAUCUUGGCGGUGGUCUCAACAGCUCAGUCGUCGCCAACAUCCUCCGUCUCUACCCUGAUGAUCCUAUCCAAGGCUGCCCCUUUGGCACCGGACCCGAGAGAUUUGCAGACCAGGGCUUCCAGUACAAGCGAGGCGCUGCCAUUAGUGGCGAUGUAAAUAUCCACGCUGGUCGCCGAGCCUUUGCCAUCAACCACAGUCAGCGCAGUAAGCAUCCGAUUUACACGUACCGCUUCAACCAAGUGCCGUGGAACAUGCAAGAAGUCGACGUCACUACCACUGCGCCUGUGUUCGUUACGCAUUUCACUGAGAUUGUCCAUGUUUUCGAUAAUCCGGAUAAGAACGUCAACUGGAUUGGGCCAUAUCCAAUCAUCUCGGAGCUAGCCACGUUCGUAUCCCGGUCUUGGGUAUCAUUUAUCCACGAUCAGAAUCCAAAUAAUCACGGUCUUGAGGGAAAGCCAGCCUGGCCUAAAUAUAAUGCUUCGAACCCGCAGAAUAUUGUUUUCAGGGCUGGCGCUAGCUGGGUGGAGAAGGAUGAUUGGAGACGGGAACAGUUGGCAUACUGGAGCACUCUCUGGACGGAAAUAAUGACAUAG